AGUAGAUCUACAAGAAUGACACUCUUAAACAUGUGUUUGUAUAUCUAUAGAGUUGAUCAAAGAGAAACUGAUAGCCUGACUAGUCCUUCUUGGCCCAACAGUCUGUGUUUUUGCAAAUGUUUUGCUAUAAAACGUAGAUAGGCUUAGAACCAGCCUAUGGACUUUGUUGAAACAGUUUAAAAUGGUGACUUUGUAAAUAUAUGUGUGUUUUUACACACUUUUUGUGUCAGGGUAAUAUUCUUAUUUUAGUGGUUUAAAUUUGAACUUAUUCGAGGCAUAUUCUAAAGAGUGCAAUCAACAACAAACCUGUUGCCUGCGACAACAAAUCAACAUGCCGCGUUGCUUGGGGCCAGCGGAACCCGGCAGAACUCCGUGACAUCACGGGGCCCGCUCCUCUAUAUAAGGCCCCGCCCCUCAGUCCACUGCUCAUUGCUGAUCUGAGAGUCGAACCGUGAGAGUGAUCUGACAGCGAGGACAGCGAUUCAAGCUAGCAAAGUGACAGAGAUAACUAUGGAGAAGAGAGUGGAGAGGAUCGGUGAUGACCCGCCUCAUCAGGAGACCCUGGCUGGGGGGGGGGACUCAUCCUCGUCGACAGGGGAAGACCACCUGGGACAGAUGGUGAGGACAUGGUUGGAGACGAUGCUGUCAACCCUCCACCCAGGCCACACCUCCACCACACGCGUGGAGGUUCUCCAACCAGGAGACCUGGAGACACUGGGUGGGGUUGAGGACAAACCAGCGUCCUCCCCCUAUCCGGACCCCUCGGACUGCUCCUCGCCGCAAGGGGAAGACCACCUGAAACAGAUGGUCUUGGAGUCUCAGGAGGAUUCUGAGUCGGUCGUUAUAUCAGAUAGCCCUGAACCCAGGCCACAAAGCCCUGAACCCAGGCCACAAAGCCCUGAAGCCAGGCCACAAAGCCCUGAACCCAGGCCCCAAAGCCCUGAACCCAGGCCACAAAGCCCUGAACCCAGGCCACAAAGCCCUGAACCCAGGCCACAAAGCCUUGAAGCCAGGCCCCAUCGCCCUGAAGCCAGGCCACAAAGCCCUGAAGCCAGGCCACAAAGCCCUGAACCCAGGCCACAAAGCCCUGAAGCCAGGCCCCAACGCCCUGAACCGGGACACCAACACCAAGACAGGCGCGAAGGCUCAAGCCCUUUUGAGGCCUGGCUGCCUCCGAUCCCAGACAGGCCUCCAAAAAAGCUCCUGUCCCGAGUCAUGGCCACCAUACAGGUCGCGAUGAGGAGCAUCCGAAAGCACAAGGUCGGGGUCAUCGUGGCCGAUGCCCCCCUGAUUGACGGAGAAGGGGAUGGGAAGACGGAGGCAGAAGGGGACCACCCCGCCCCGGAGGCCGAGGGGAAGGGCCUCAGGCCAACGCUCAAUAUGUGGCUGAACGUUAGGCUGAAGGGGCGCCUGACAAGAGUGGCUGCCCUGUUCCGGUGCGGGUCAAAUGUAUUGUAAAUAAAAUGUACAGAAAAGGUAUGGAUGUCAAACAUCUGAUGGGACCCGACCAUGGCCACAUCGAUGGGACUACACACUGGAGUGAAACCCCAGCUUUGUCUGAGCCAAGGUGAAUUAGACAAAGUAUGUCAAACAUCUGAUGGGACCCAACCAAGUCCUCAUCAAUGUGACAUCACACUGAGGUGUGUAGUACUUUGUUUGAUUUCACCUUGGCUAGGACGGAGCUGGAGUUUAAUUCCGGUGUGACGUCACAUCAAUGUGGACUUGGUCGGAUCCCAUAGACGUUUGACGUGCAUACUUUGUCUGAGCCCAGGUGAAUUUAACCAAAGCAUGUAUGUUAAACAUCUGAUGGGACCCGACCAUGUCCACAUCGAUGUGACAUCACGCAGGAGGGAAACCCCAGCUUUGUCCGAGCCCAGGGGAAUUUAAACAAAGUAGUUUAACAUCUGAUGGGACCCAACCAAGUCCUCAUCGGUGUUAUCACACUGAGGUGUGUAAUGCUUUGUUUAAAUUCACCUGCACUGGGACCAAGCUGUGGUUUCACUCCAGUGUGAUGUCACAUCGACGUGGACUUGGUUAGGUCCAAUAAGAUGUUUGACAUACAUACUUUGUUUCAAUUCACCUGGGCCAAACGCCCAAUUCAUGGGAACCAGCACAGAAUCAAAUAAAAAUAUGUUGCAGCA